UUUAUUUUUUUUUAUAUGGUGGGAAGCACCACGGAGGAGGGAUGUUUUUUUUAGGUGGAGAAGGUGGGUUAUUUAAGGAAACCCAAAAGCAUGCACAAAAGGUUUUUUGUACUGAGGGCGGCGGGCGCCUCCGGACCGUCCCGACUGGAGUACUAUGAAAACGAGAAGAAGUGGAGACACAAGUCUGGAGCACCGAAGAGAUCCAUUCCGCUGGAGAGCUGCUUUAACAUCAACAAAAGAGCGGAUUCUAAAAACAAACAUCUAGUCGCGCUUUACACCAAGGAUGAGUAUUUUGCCAUCGCUGCUGACAGCGAGGUAGAGCAGGAGUCAUGGUAUCAAGCCCUGGUUGAUCUUCAUAACAGAGGUAAGGUCCACGAAACUGCCGCUGGCCGCGGAGUUGGCGAGGAUAAUUACGGAGAGGCCACGCCGGGACCUGCCUUCAAAGAGGUUUGGCAGGUUAUUUUGAAACCAAAGGGUCUGGGUCACACUAAGAACUUGAUAGGUGUUUACAGAUUAUGCCUCACCAAUAAGACUAUCAGUUUUGUGAAACUCAAUUCUGAUGCGGCCGCUGUGGUCCUGCAGUUGAUGAACAUUAGAAGAUGUGGUCACUCUGAAAAUUUCUUUUUUAUUGAAGUCGGGAGAUCUGCUGUGACGGGGCCCGGGGAGUUUUGGAUGCAAGUGGAUGACUCAGUUGUGGCUCAGAACAUGCAUGAAACUAUAUUAGAAGCCAUGAAAGCCAUGAGUGAGGAGUUCAGGCCACGCAGCAAAAGUCAGUCAUCUUCCAACUGCUCAAACCCCAUCUCAGUGCCUGUCAGGAGGCAUCAUCACAAUAAUCCUCCCCCCAGUCAAGUUGGCUUAGGCAGGCGCUCUCGGGCAGAGAGUGUGACGGCCACUUCUCCUGUUAGACCUGGCAAACACAGCCAUUCGUUCAGAGUGAGAGCGUCCAGUGAUGGGGAGGGCACCAUGUCCAGACCGGCGUCUGUUGAUGGCAGUCCGAGCACAGCCCGACCUCAAUCACAGCGACACAGGGGUGGAUCCAGACUUCACCCGCCACUCAAUCACAGCAGAUCAAUCCCCACGCCCACCUCACGGUGCUCCCCCUCAGCCAUCAGCCCCGUCAGCCUGUCUUCCAGCAGCACCAGCGGCCACGGAUCCACGUCUGAUUGCCUCUUUCCACGCCGCUCUAGCGUCUCCAGAUCUGGAUCGCCCAGUGAUGGUGGAUUCAUCUCCUCAGAUGAAUAUGGAUCUAGCCCCUGCGACUUUCGGAGCUCGUUCCGUAGCGUGACUCCAGACUCGCUUGGCCACACGCCACCUGCCAGGGAGGAGGAGAUAAACAAUUACAUCUGCAUGGCCAAGCCUGGUUCACUUCCUGGUGCUGGGAGCCAAUCGCAAAGUCAGUCCAGAGGAAUGCCGUCGAGACUGGAGGAGCCCGAGCUGGAGAAAUGUUUCCGGAAGCGAACGCAUUCUUCUGGUGCAUCGCCGCCAACUCCGUGCCAUCAAAAGACUCCCUCACAAUCGUCCGCUACUUCGCUAGAGGAAUAUACUGUAAUGAUGCCCGCAUACACACGAAGCCACUCUGCAUCAUCAUCAUCAUCGUCGUCGUCAACAUACAGGCACUCCUUCAUGCCUACACAUUCAUACCCAGAGGAAGGUAUAGACACUUCACAAGCAGAAGACCACAGUAGACCAGAUCACAAAGAUGACGGCUACAUGCCCAUGCUGCCAGGCAUUGUGCCUGCGACCCCAACAGUGAAAAGUGGUGACUACAUGCCCAUGAGUCCAAAAAGUGUGUCUGCACCACAGCAAAUUAUCAACCCCCGGCAACACUCGCAUGUUGACUCCAAUGGUUACAUGAUGAUGUCACCAAGUGGCAGCUGCUCUCCAGAUGGCACAACAAACUAUGGCAAGAUCUGGACUAAUGGCGUCAACCCUAAGCUCUCCGUAGAGAGCAUGGAAGGUAAAGUGUCAUCUUGUGGAGACUACAUUAACAUGUCCCCGGCUAGUUGUUCAACGACCAGCACGCCUCCAGACUGCUUUUUCAACCCUGUAGAAGAUCCUCCCAGGCCGAUGUAUGCUUACUUCUCUUUGCCCCGCUCCUUCAAACACGCCAACAGAAAGCAGGACCAGAGCUCUCUUCGGAUAUCACUGGGCUCGAGUCGAUUGGCAUAUGCAGACUCUUCCUCGUCUUCAGCGAGCAGCGACAGCUUGGGUGGUCAAAGCAACUCGCAGCAGUCUGCUGUCAAACCCAAAAGGUCAGAGGGCAACGGGAGGCUGACACGUCCAACACGGCUGUCACUGGACGCUAGCAAAGCAAGUACUCUUCCAAGAACACGUGAGAGUCCCUUCCCCGCUGAGCCCAAAAGUCCUGGCGAGUAUGUCAACAUUGAAUUCAACGACAAGGCGUUUUCAGCGAGCUUAGCAUCGCUGUUCCCACCUGUGUUUUCUGGAAGUGAUGCUGAGGCCCCAUCAGACCUUUCAUCAUCUGAGUACAUGAACAUGCAGUUGGGGUCGCAGGCAGGGCGUUUGUGCCCAGAAAUGCAGAUUUCCACUUCCUGUUCAGACUAUGCCAUAAUCACUCCAUCAAACUCUGUAUCCUCCCCUCCACUGCCUUGUGAGAGUAUAUGUGACCGUGACUACAUCAGCAUGCAGUUAGCAUCCUGCACUAGCUUUCCUGAUACUCAAAUGAUGCUGAUGACCGAGGCCUUGCCAGAUGCAGAUGAUGCCCCUCCUUGUUCUGUAUCACCCAAUCGUGAUGUGAUGGCAUUAAGCGGUGCCCCAGGUAGAUCAUCUCUGAUCGGCCCCUUGUCAGGUCUUAGUGCAUUCACACGGGUAAACUCCAAUUCUGGGCAAAACCAAGGGGCUAAAGUAAUCCGGGCUGACCCACAGGGUCGACGACGACACAGUUCAGAAACUUUUGCUUCAACUACAACCAGAGGGUCAGUUGACACGUCGGCCACCUGUCAGUCAGGUGAUGUGAAGCGCCACAGCUCCGCCUCUUUCGAGAAUGUGUGGUUAAGACCCGGUGAGGCCUCUGCUGCUUCUGCCGCUCCUCCUGCAUCUACAGUAACCAACGGACGAAGGGAAAACACUUCAGGCCCAAUUCCCACAUUAACAAACCAUGACCAGAACGGCCUGAAUUACAUUGAUCUGGAUCUGGUGCAGAAUGGAGAGCAGCAUGUUCCAGACUGGAAUGGGUUCCAAUCUCGGCCAGUGGAGCUGGGAGCUGUGGAAGGUGUGGAAGAUCUCAGUGCCUACGCCAGUAUAAACUUCAGGAAAUCAGAUGAGACCAGAGGGAAUCUCACAAGCAGAGAAGAAUGAAGAGUAGAAAGCCACCGUUUCUUCAGCAUCAAGACUCAAAAUCUCUCCCCGUUCACCACAAGCCGGACCUCAGAAAACUGGACCUCAAUAAACUCACUAACCUCAUUUUCCAGAACCACAUUAUCACCCGGACGCUACCAAAACCAUAUGGACAAAACAGACCUCAUAACAUCACAUAUCCGGACCUCACAAAUGCUGGAUUCCACUAACCAUAAAUCUCUCACAGCCGGACUUUCACUGUGCGCACCUCUUCAGACAUUACUGUCCAACUGUUACAGACUCGGUACAAAUUGAUUUCUACCAUCAGAUGUGGUAAAACAGCACCUUUUGAGGUAAAGGGCAAUGGUACUGCAGUAGUAGUUGUAGUUUCUCGAGCAAUGUUACAUUAAUAUUAUUUAUGUAAAUGAUGGUACCUAACUAGUACCCAACGUACAACAAAUUGUUUGGUACGGGGAUGCUUUACGAAGCAGCCAUAUUGUGUUGGGUUUGUACGACAGUCCUGAACAGUGUUGAUUGUACCCCUUUCCUUCAGUACUGCCAGAUAUUUCCAUUACAUAUUACACGUUGUUAUACAGAUCUCAAUUAGACAUUUUUAUACACCCAGUACGAACAACCUUAAACGCUCCGACCUCACCUCAGGAUUUUAUGAAAGAGUUUACGCACACACUGUGUUUCAGCACUGUGAGCCAUGACUGACCUCAUGCUGCCAAACACACACUGUGAUGUCUGUCAAACCCGUGUUUCAUUUCAUACUUGGUCACAUUACAGCCCUUGCAAUUGUAAUAAUAAGCAUGAAUCUCAUGGAGUUUAUAUUGGCCUCCAAACAGAACUACACCCUCAUUUUUUAUGAUUUUCUUUUUUUCUUUUUUCUUUUGCAUGAAAAUUAAGAAACAUUUUUUUAAUAAUUAGCAUAUAUCUCUUAUAGAGUAUAUAUGGCUUCCAAAAAGAACUAUGACAUAUUUUCAUACAAUACCUUUUUUCUUUUUUUUUUCUUUUUUUUACUUCCCUUUUUUUUUUCUUUUUUUUUUUUUACAUUUUUUAAAACUUUUUUUAUUUUAAAAUAAUUUUGGUACUAAGUUUUUUUGUUUGUUUGUUUUUCACAAUGAUAUAUGCACAAGUGUGCUUACCGUAAAUCAAAUUUUACAUUAUUACCUGAUGAAUAAUACAGUUGAGAUUUUGUGAAUGAUGAGGGGUGGACUUUUUUAUUAUUAUUAUCGACACAAAUAGAGGCCUUACAGUCCUGGUUGGGCUCAAUAAAAAGCUUAUUCAAGCGAUCACAUUGAUGGGUGUGUAAAUCCCAUGACUGAACUAAUGUUUCUGAUCAGAUUGUAUCACCAGUAGUUGGUCAAACUGAACAAAAAAUCUUGCACAAGAAUGUGCCGUAAAAGUUCAGUAUGAUACGUCUAAACCUUGUAGUGCAAGUCGAUUUUACAGGCAGUAGUACUGUUUUUUUCAUUUCGAGCAUCCUGCUGUUAAACCUUGGAAGCCAGUCAAAGUUGCUCGCAACUUUCUUUUAGGCUGUUUUAUUUCAUUACAGUUGUAUCUUUUAUUUCAUAUGGUUUAUUUUUGCUUAAAAUAACUCUUGCUGGGGCAAUGGUAAGCUCACAGCAACAGGUUUAAAAAAGAAAAAAAAAAACUCAAUGUCUCAUGUUUGCUGCUGAAAUGAAACAAACAAUGAACAAUCUGUAAAUUAUUGAAUAUAUAGAAAUGUUCUUGGUUCUCUUUUAAGAGUUAAAGUAUUUAACAUUUCAUGGUUGGUGUUUCAUUAUAAUUUUUUUUUUUGCCUUUAGAAUCUCGACACGUUUUUAAAAUGUGUCCAUUGUUCUUAAGUUCAAUCUUUUUGUGGGGAAUAUUUGCUUUUAUAGUAAAAUGUGUAAUCCAACCUUUUUGAGAGAAUGGUACGGUUCUAUAGAGUUUCCUUAAUUUUGUAAAAGAUGCUAAUUAAUGUAACAUGCACAUCAGGGACUUCCCUUUUCCCCCCACCAACUCCGGAUGGAAUUGCUUUUGGAAACCUGUUACACUUGCGUUUCCCUGAGCUCUGAUUGGCUGUGACAGUGGUGUUCCUGAAACCUGAUAGGCUGUUCUAAAGGUUGCCUGUCAUUCGAUAGGUUGCAGUUGUCGAUUUAGCACCCUGCGGUUGUGUUAUGAUACAGGGUGUGGGGCAUCACUCUUCCCACCAUUAUGUGGCCAAACCUUCAACAUCUCAACCAAACUUGUUCUCCUUUGUAAAUAAUGUAUUGUAUAAAUGAAUACCAAUGAUUGGUGGAUAUUGGACUGACCAGGGAUGUUUGGUUUUAUGGAUGCUCAAAGCAAACAAAUGAUUGGUCCUCUUGAAUGAAUGAAUGAAUUGAAACAUGUAAACAAUAUGAGUGUAUGUACAAUGAAUGGAUAUAUGCACAUGUAAACAAAUAUGUUUGUUUUCAAUGAAUGAAAUGACCAGCAGUAAAGAGAGGGCUGUGUAAACCCCUCCCCACCCCCUAUUUAGAAGAAUGGUAUCUUCUGGAACCUUGACGUGUAAUAAAGUAGAAGCGCUUAUCUUUUCUGAA